AUAUGCAUAUGAUCGGCGAGUGCGUCUGCCGCAUCCUUGGAAUGUGAAAAUUGGGUGAAUAAAUCAUCAUCAUCAUAGAUCGAAGUCCACCAACACGUACCAGGAGGACUCGCAGCGGAGUGCAUCCGGGACAUCAUUUCAAGCCUUCAAUAAAAUCAUGUCACGGAGUUUGGCAUCUGUUUCGUGAUGCAAGCACACCCAAGUUGGCUGUCCCCUAUACAUUCUGUGUAUAAAAGCCAGCGUACUCAGGUUAGUUGUUGAUUCAGACCGCAAAAUCAGAUUUCAGCCAUGAAAUUCACUUCACUCACCACUAUCAUCAUCUCUGCCGUGGCAAUGACUGGCGUAGCCAUCGCAUCUGAGGAUGUGAACAUAACACCCUUGAACUUUCCCUGCACAGGAGUUGGUGAGCACUUUUGCGACCUACAUGCAGACCUUGAACCACAUGCUUAUGCCUACCGAUCGAUCAAGCGGGGUGCUCAACCUUGGGUGGUUUCAAUCACGGAAACGGGUUCGGUUAUUACUGUUCCAAUGACAAGAUCUGGAAGUAUACGCCAUGCCCGAUCGGACAAAGAUGUCAUGUCACCAGUCCGAGUACGUUCGCAUGUUCAUGAGUGCUGAGCCUUGAGCCUCGGUCAACUCCAGAGUGCCUGGUGCAUGGCACAACGAGCAUGAUAUGUCCAUGAGGGCGUGAAGGAGUGCUGAUGGCAUGAUGUUCUGCAGUUCGUUUAAUCCGGUCCUCUUGAUAAGAUAGUAGGAUUUGUGACAUGUAUUGUAUGGUCAGAUUGAGGUCAAAUAUGCUUUCCUGAGUUUCCACGCA